UAACCCGCAUGUACCUAUUAGGUAGUGUUAAUAUCAGACGACAGGAUUCAAACAACGUCAUUGGCAAAUUACAUUUCUUUAUUAACAGAUCUUGUUUCGUCUAAAAUGUCUACCAGAGUAUCGUUAUUUUAUUUUUCUUUAGCGUACGUAUUGUGUUUUGGAGAUGCGAGUUUCUUUGGAAUACCGAAAUUAUGUUUAUGUAGAUGUGGUUUAGUGCAGACUGAAAGACAAGGUAUCCUAUUUCGAAAAACGGCCGAUGUUCCAAGUCAAUUUCCAUGGGUGGUUACAAUAAACACUGGUAACCGAGUUGUUCAAGGAUCAUUACUAACAGAUCAACAUAUUAUUACUGCAGCAGAACCAGUCUAUGGGGUUCCUAUCACAAAUUUGACAGUAAAUUUAGGAGUAUAUGAUCGUUGUCGCGGCUAUUCGGCGCUAAAUAGUGAUGUGUCAGAGGUGACAAUUAACCCAAGUUACGCUCCUGCUAACUUGAAUAAUAAUUUGGCACUGAUCAAGUUGCGUUACCCAGUGACAUUUAGCGAUUCUAUAUCUCCUGUAUGCUUACCCUAUUAUGGCUUGCAAGAAUAUGAUCAAGUAUGUUGGACGGCUUCCUGGGCAUUAAGCUCUGCAAAUGCAUCGACUUGCAUUCCGCGUGUAGCCACCGUUCCCACAUUGCCGGCUGCAGGAUGUUACCAUGGCACUAAUGACGAUACAGUUACCCAAGACAAAGCUUGCUUCGUUCCUCUUGGUGCUGGAAGCAUCCUUUGUAAUAUUGACAUCGGAGCACCGGUUCUGUGGCGGUUUUCAUCGAGCUUUCCCUAUCGGUUGGUAGGUGUAAUAUCAUCUUCAACUACGUGUGAAGACACCAAAACACCACUCUAUACGAGAGUCAUUGACCAUAUUACUUGGAUUAGAGAUGUAAUACAAUCAGAUUGUAACUGUAUCUAGAAUAUUAACAGUGAUAAGUAUUUUAACAGAUACCUAAGUUUAAUAGGUAUGUACUCGUAUCUAUUAAUAUUAUGCUUUUCUUAUCUUUGGGGUAAACAGAGAUUAUAUGUUAAUAUCACUUUGUUUUUCAUAUAAAUCUUUUUAUUAAAUAAAUAUUGGGGGUGUUGGAUGCUUUAAGUUAAUUUAUUAUUUAUUUAUUUAUUAUAUGAUAAUUUAAAUUUGUAAUAAUUUUAUGUUAUAAAAGUUUACUGCUUUUAUUAUUAUGUAACUUAUUAUUUUUAACGAAUUUCUACACAAUAUAAGUAGGUACUUUGUUAAUAAAAUGAAUAAAUAACAUAAAUUAAUUUUGUUUUCUUUUUAAAACAUAUAUUAUCAAAUUUAUCAGGAACAAAAGUUUCAUAAAUAUUUAGGUAUACUUACGACUAAUUAUACAUUUGAUGACUU